ACAGCUCACAGAUCGCAGCUGAUCACCAGCUGAUCGCAGCGCACGACGCGUUCUCGCGUGGUCUAUCUAUAUUUCUGAUUGUAUUUAAUAAGAAUCCGUACAUUUGAAAUUCAAUACAUUAAUGGCAGGGAACGAUAUAAAGCAAAACUUACGAAAAUUAGAUUUCCCGUUCUGUACUAGAGAGGCAUUAUGCAGAAUCGAGAUAUUAUGCGGGAGACCUGGGAAACAAAUGGACUUACAAUUGGACCUAAUCUCGGAAUUCGUGUUCGGAGAGAUAGAGAGGCGAAAGAAACGGAAUCAGACGAUAGCCAUACAAGAACUGCAGUUGAUCGAAAUUUUAAGCGAUUUCUUUCAAAGUCCUGGAGGAAGUGCAGCCGUGAGGAACGCAGUGUUCUUAUCCCUGUUCCCCGCAGACAGUGUCAGAUACACGAUCCUAGGCAAUUUAGUAUCAUUAGCCAUUGUCACUCAAAACAAGGCAGUCUUGAACGCGACUGGAAUUUGGAUGCAACAAUUAGGUUCCACCUCCUCCCAGAGCGUAGGACUGGCGAGGCUCGUGCUCAAUGAUUAUUUUGUCCUUUUUCCAAAGACCAUCGACAAGUUGAACCAGCUUCCUACCCUCGCGCCACAUUUCACCGCCAAUUUAUUAACAGCGAUAGGCGAAGUUUAUAAAGACAAGGAUCCGCCCACUGAGCUGCUCGUGUUAAUAGAUGAAUGGAUAAAUGAAAAUCCAAGUCUUUUAUUAACUCCUUUGAUGGACAAUCCUGCUUUGCCAACCGGAGGCAUUCCAAUGACACCUAUCACACCAAUAGCAGGUUUAUUCAGGUGGUGCAUUUUGUCCUCAAUACGUUCGUGUCAAAUGAAAAAUAUAGAGAACGAUACUGAGGAACGAAAGAAAUUAUAUUCGAAGAUUCAACAGCUGCUCAUGGAUUCGGUGUUACGAUUGAAAAACGGUGGGAACAAUAAGCAUGCUAUAUCUGCGCAACAUUUCGCAGCCACUACUCGAAUGCUGACUGCUGGUCUACAGUCCCAAUCAAACAUCGAUACACCUUCGCGGGAUUUAGCGAUGGAACGACUCGCACAAGCUGUCAGUGCAGCCAUGUCUGCAAAUUGUAUUUAUGGAAACAAACAAGAGUUGCUAGCCCUGCUGCAACCUUUGGCGUACCAACACUUUUUAAUCGAAUGGACGUUACAGACUUACGCAUCAAAAGCUACUUAAAACAGUAAUAAAUUUAUUACAGACGUUUUCGUGAUUGUACAUAAAGUAUGUUAUAUACACGACUGAAUCAUAAAUGUAAGAAUUUUUAUGACGUAAUAAAUAUUCUGUUUGAUGUUAA